GUCGCAGUAGGAACCGUAGCGCGAGAAUAAGGAAGCCAUCCUCAAUUGCUAUGAGUUUGUUUGUGGCUGUCUAUUCAUCAUGAAAAUAAAUGAAAACACAUUACUGGAGGGACACACAGUGUUGCUGGUUCCAUAUAAUGAAGAGCAUGUCCCCAGAUAUCAUGAGUGGAUGAAAUCCCCCGAGCUGCAGCAGCUGACUGCCUCAGAGCCGCUGAGCCUGCAGCAGGAGUACGACAUGCAGAAGAGCUGGAGGGAAGACAAUGACAAAUGCACAUUUAUUAUCUUGGACAAGCAGCGCUGGGUGGACCCAGGUGUCGAUGAGGAGCAGUGCAUGGUGGGAGAUGUCAACAUCUUCCUGACCGACCCCUCAGAUCCAUUCUUGGCAGAGCUGGAGGUCAUGAUAGCAGAGCCCAGUUACAGAGGAAGGGGCAUAGGAAAGGAGGUGACUCGCAUGAUGAUGAGCUACGGAAUCACCAAACUCGGAGUCAAAAAGUUUCAAGCAAAAAUUGGUCUGGACAACCAAGUCAGCAUCUCCAUGUUCAAGAAGCUGCAGUUUCAGGAGGUAUCUGUGUGCAACGUCUUCAAAGAGGUGACCCUCGAGCUGAUGGUGGACGACUCCAUUCGGACCCAGCUGCAGGAAGACGUGCCUUACAUGAGGGAAAGGGACUACAAGCAAACAUGCCACAGCAGACAUGAACUGGUUCAGCAGUGAGGUGAACUUCUGUGAGCUCCAUCGUCCAACCUUUAUUUGUGAAACAGAAACACAGAGACUUUACCUCCCUCAAGGAAGAGAGCUCUCGUUUUGGUCGAGAUUGCUCCCCGGCAACCUCAACAAAACGCUGCAGGCAGAAGGCGGUCAGAAGGCCUUCGGACAGAUUCCCUGUUCCACCGCCAGGAUGAAAGCAAACCUCUUGCUGAAUAAAGUAUUCAUCAAAAGGUCAGAUAGAUGGAUGCUUCCUACUUAUUCUGUAUUUUCCCAGGCCUUUUUAAGUAUCCUUGCUCCAACACGCUGCCACCUUGACUAGUGCACAUCUGUAUGCUUUUUGCUCAUAUGAUUAUUCCUAAUGAGAUACUGCUCACAGGUGGACUCCAUGUACUAAGUAGGUGACUUCUGAAGGUCAUCAUUUGCUGUAUUCUAGUAGUUGAAGAGGUUGAAUGUAGGAACAUGCCACACUCUUCAGAUGUUUAUAAAAAGAGAAAGUUUGGAAACAUUGGAUUCUUUAAGCUCUAGUGAAAACAAAAGUUUGCUCCUCAGAAAUAAGAUGAAAACUCACUUUCUUGCAUCUUUGGCAAAAAUGUGCCUGUUGUUUUAUUUGUCAUGUAGCAAAAAUGACUCAAUUACCAGCUGCGAGCAUUUACAGCGUUUACCUGCGAGAUUUGACAGGAACAGCGACCUAGAUGGAGAAGGCACUGCACAUGCUCCGACAGCGACAAGCUUUGGCACGCGCACACCUCUGACGACACUCCAGAGCAGCACCGACGUGUCCGCUUCACAUUUAGCGGAACAGCUCAAGGGCAGCCUGCGCUUCAAUUAAUGUAAAGUGCAAAACGCCGUCCACAGGGAGAUAUUUAGCUGAUGUAAGAAGGAAACAGGCCAUAUAAAGAUUUUGACAAUAAUUCCAUAGGAAUAAGUCUCUGUGCAGGCCUUUCACAUCCCAGCAUCGCAAACGGGAGCAUUGAUUUCUACAUGUUAAAAAAACAUCUCAGAGACGCCAGGAAAAGCCUGCAGCUCUCAUUUCCGAUGGCAGGGUUCAGUUCUUCGAUGUCUGCGUGGACUCCAGGAGGUCCUUAGCAGCGGAUGACAGAUUGCGUAGCAGUUGUCUGGCCACGCCCUCCUGCACUUUGGCCCAGGAUAAACAGUCGUCCACGGCCGCGUUGAUCGGCAUGCAGACCUCUUCCCUCUGCAGGCCGGUCAGCCGACAUGCGGCAGCAACUCCAGCUAUUCCCAGCGUCAGCAGGAGGAGGAGCUUAAAAAUCCAGCCAAUGAAAGAACGCUGUGAUUUAGCUGUUGGUUUCACGUCGACCUUUUUAUCUGUGAAGACAAGAAAAGUGAUGUUGAAGUUUCUUCAGCUUCUGAAGCCUCAGAUUUUGGAAAGAUGCAACAAUCAGAAUAAAAAGAAAUGUUGGCCCCACUUGGUGCUUGCCCGUUCUUUUUCUUCUUCUCCUCCCUCUUCUUCUUCUGUUGCUCCUGCACAGCUAGAGCCGCCAUCUGAGCGUUGUACUCCUUCCUUCUCCUCUCCUUCUCCUCCGCUUUCUCCCGUUUGCGAACUUCCCUUUCUCUGGCAUCCCGCUCUUUCUGCUUCGCUUCCUUCUUCUUCUCCAGCUCUUAAGUGCAAAAACGACAUAAGGUCAUCUCCCUGACCCCGAUUUAUCGUCACUGCGCAGAUAAACGGGGUUCUGAGACAUUUCAAUCCAUUUUGAAAAUGCAAAUAAAGUGACUUUGCCCGUU